AGCACCCAGAAUGCUUCAAGCUGAUAUGUUAUCAGCUCUCCAACAACAUUCCGCCACGCGGUAAUGCCAAUUGUAGGGGCGUUCGCAAUGAGAAUGACUUGAUCAUGGGAUUGUUUCGAGAGUUCCGCUUAAACAAGCUUGACAGUAUUCAAUGGCUUCUUGAUCUGUCAAUUUGGCCGCACUCGCUGCGGCCGAGAAGAUUUUUGGAAGUGCUCUGAGAUCUGGGAUCUUCCUACUGUCGAAAUGCUGUUGAGGUCUGGCAUAAAUUCAGAUAUCGCAGUGUUGGAUGAAAUGAUGACUCUAUUGACACCCCUGGAAUGCGUAAUGACGGUAGGCUCCGCGCUCUACCAAAUGACCAAGUUAUUGAUAUCAUACCACGCCCAGGUCAACAUUCAUCGGAGUUCCCAGUCAGCGUUAAAAGUUGCUACAUCAAAAAAAGACAAAUAUCUAACGUCUUCUUCUGCUAUGUGGGAAGUUCUAUCCUCCAGGGUGAUAUCAUAUCUACUUUUCAGCUGUUGCAACACUACAUUCAGCUGGAUCAUAAAGACAAUGCGUCUUGUUCUCCUGGUACACCGCUUGGAGCAGCAAUAGAGGUAGGGGGCCCCGAGCUGAUCAGCAGAUUACUGCACGGUGGAGCGUAUGAUUUAGGGACCGCAAAUUCUCAGAUUGGAAACUUGCAAACUGCAAGGUAUUUAGCAGAGGCUGGAACUCUGCAUAGGAGUCUGCUGAAUAUGGAAGAUCGAAUCUGGCCAAUGCCGCUCAGGCAAACAAUGAGAAGCUGGCUUGGUGCCUUCGAUACGGGCAACGCAGCAGCAGAGCGAUGAAAUCUUUGGUGCAUAGUUUCAGGCAACGGAGGACCGUAUGAAUCCGCUAAUAACUGCCAUCCGUGGAGGAAAACUGGAAUUGGCAAAAGCCAUGAUUGAGCAUGGAGGGCCUGUCGCCGACAGUGUUCUCAAAGAAGCCGUGUGGCUCUCAGCAGACGGGUAUGAUGAAAUUGUUC